AUGAAAAAAAAUCAAAUCCAAAAUAAAGAUAAUUAUGCUCCUCGUUUACCAGAGGAACAAAUCAAUAAAAUUGUGCGGGAAUUGUCCGACCCUAAUUUAUCGCCUUCCUCUCAAAAUAUUGAAGAUACUGAGGAGGAAUUGUUGUUAAUAAAAGUGUUAAAAAGAAAACUGAAUGAAGGUUCAAUUAAAGCAGAGAUGACUAAUGAUGAUGGCGAAGCAAAUUUUAAACCUCCACUAAAAACUCAUGAUGGAGAUAAGUUUCGCAAAGAAAGAAAAAAUAACCAAGAAUUAUUUAGAGCAUCGGUUGAAGAUAAAAAAGAUAAGGAAUUAAACCAAGAACAAAAACAAGUUGAAAAGUUAGUUUUGGAUGGGAAGAGUAUUUUUCUAACCGGAUCGGCUGGAACUGGUAAAAGUUUUCUUUUAAGGCACCUCAUUAAACUUUUACAAAAAAAGCAUGGAGUAGAUAAAGUUGGAAUUACUUCUACUACCGGCACUGGAGCAUUGAUUAUUGGCGGGAAAACCUUUCAUUCUUAUUUAGGAAUUGGCAUAGUUGGUCAUCUGGAUGAAGAAACCUUGCAUGUUGGAGGGAAAGGUUUUCGACAAAUUGGAAAGUAUUGCUCAAAUAAUUCGCAAAAGCAACCUAACUGGCCAGAUGAUGGGAUUGAACCCACCAUUUUGCUUUCAACCAAAAAAGAAAUAAGUGCCGUUAAUCGAAGAGAAAUGAAGAAAUUACGAGGAAAAAAUUAUACUUUUUUGGCAAAAGACCAAGAGAAUGUCCCAGGAGAAUUAAAUGAAUUAAUAAAGGAUUGUCUUGCCCAUGAUGAAUUAGAAUUAAAAAAAGUGAAUGGCAGCCAAGGAGUAAUAGUUGGUUUCACAAACGAUCCUUACCCCAUCGUGAAGUUUGCCGAUGGAAAGGAACUUGUGGUGAGAGAGCGGAUUUGA